AUGACGAGGGAGCGAAGUACUGGCAAGAAGCGGUCAGGGACCAAGCGGAACCAGGGCGGCAGCAGAGGGAACGAGGAGGAGAAGCCCGUGCCUGGGGCGAAGGAGGAGAAGCUGCCACCGAAGCUGUCCACCGACGCUCGGUUUCCAGGGGACAAGGGAGAGAUCAGGGCCAUGGAGGGGAAGAAGCCAACGCCGCAGAUGGUGUUCAUGGCAGAGAAGGAGGAGACAGUAAACAACGAAUCAGGGGUUUGGAAGAGAAAUCAGUCUACGGAUGUGGCGUCUCCUGGGGACAGCGGCGGAAUCACGAGGAGAGAUGGCAAGGGGGUGAAGGAGAAAAAGCCGGCAGCAAAGACUCACAACAACGACAGCAGAGCGAAGCGGCACCAGGCCGAGGAGGUGGUAAACGCCAAGGCAGGGAAGAAGCGGAAGCAAUCCCCAGAGGAGGAUGAGGGGCAGAGCAGAGGGGCGAAGCCAUUAGGAACCAGGCACAUGGAGAAGUCGGAAGCAGAGAUACAGGUGCUGCCAAAGGGCGAUAAUGUCGAUGGCAAAGAGAAGAAAAAGAAAGGGAAAAGAAUCCGGAGGAGUAAACUAAAGAAGGACCGGCUUAUCACCCGCGCUGCACAACGAAAUAUGUUUGGAUCGGCUUUGAAGGAUGAAUUUCCUGUGUUAAAAGAUGGCUCAAAACCAAAAGUACUGAUAACAGCAUGCCAGUAUAUUAUGGACAAGCAAGGACCUUCAUCUUCAUUUAUUCAUGAGCUAAUGCAACUCAUUCCAGAUGCAUGCUAUAUUCAUCGGACGAAUGUUUGCCUCGAUGAAGUGGUUGAGUAUGCGAAUGAAAGAAAAUUUACUUCACUUAUUGUUGCUCUUUCUGAUGGCUUAAAAAUUAUCAACUUGCCUGAUGGUCCCCUUGCACACCUUGAGCUCUCUGAGUUUACUCCACGAAAGGACAUAAAGAAUCAUGGGGAGCCAAUAAGUCGUGAGCCAGAGUUAGUGUUUAAUAAUUUUGAAGCACAUCUUGGCUAUCGUCUUCAAAGGUUGAUAUCGUCUCUUUUCCCUCAAGCUGAUUUCAAUAAACGGCAAGUGUUCACAUUUGAACUGAAGCAACAGCAUAUACUGUUCCGUAAUCACAGGUACUUGUAUGAAAUGAAAGAAGAAUUGAGGGAUGGAAAUACUGGUACUUUUCCAGGAGUCAAAUUGAAAGCUUCUGAUGUAACUUGUCACCUACUAGUAAGUGAGCUAGCUGUAGAUUUUCGCAAUGUAAUUGAAGCCAGAUGGCUGCACUGUACGAUGACUACAUCAUUAGCUGUAAACCUAAAUUGUUCAUUAUAA